CAUGCCUAUGACACAAUGACAUGCGGACAAAACUUUACACAUUUCUUAUUUCAUGGACACAAGAUGCAAACGUGACGGUGUACCCAUGUCAUAGGUGACUUGUCACAUAUGCCCCCACCAAAUUCGGCGGUUCCGCUGCUCUGCUGCAUGGAUUACUAGUUUCCUUCUUCUCUAUUUAUUUGCACAUUUGCAAUUGUAAAACAAGACAACCAAAUUCACCUCCAAGCUUUUUAUCCAACUGCAAUAACAUUACAUCUACAUUUUAGAGAAGAUGAAGCAUCCUUCUAUUGCUCUUCUUUUAGCAAUUAUAAUACACCAACAAUGUUUUAUUAGUCCCAUCCAUGUUUCAGCAGCAGGUGAUGAUUUCAUCAGAGUCAGGGGAGUGCAUUUUCUUCUCAACGGCAGCCCUUACUAUGCAAACGGCUUCAAUGGCUACUGGCUCAUGUAUGUGGCUUCUGACCCAUCUCAGAGGCACAAAGUCUCGUCUGCUUUCUGCGAAGCAACUAGCCACGGACUCACCGUGGCUAGAACUUGGGCUUUCAGUGAUGGAGGUUACAGGCCUCUUCAGUUCUCCCCUGGCUCCUACAACGAGCAAAUGUUUAAGGGGUUGGAUUUUGUGAUAGCUGAGGCCAGAAGGUAUGGGAUUAAGCUGAUAUUAAGCUUGGUAAACAACUAUGAGAGCUUUGGAGGAAGAAAACAGUAUGUGAAUUGGGCAAGAAGGAAAGGGCAGAACUUCACAUCUGAUGAUGAUUUCUUCAGGAACCCUGUUGUGAAGGGUUACUACAAGAACCAUGUAACCACUGUUGUUAACAGAUAUAACACCUACACUGGAGUUCAUUACAAAGAUGACCCAACAAUUAUGGCCUGGGAACUUAUUAAUGAGCCUAGAUGCUCAUCAGAUCCUUCAGGAAGGACUAUUCAGGCUUGGAUAAUGGAAAUGGCUUCACAUGUGAAGUCAAUAGAUAGAAACCACUUAUUGGAAGUUGGUCUAGAGGGAUUUUAUGGACAAGCAAUACCUCAAAGGAUGAGUCUCAAUCCUGGUUAUAAUAUUGGAACAGACUUUAUCGCGAAUAAUCGGAUUCCUGGGAUCGAUUUCACAACAGUUCAUUCUUAUCCUGAUCAAUGGUUGGGUAGCUCUAAUGAUCAACAUCAGCUCGCUUUCUCGAACAACUGGCUCAAUACCCACAUCCAAGAUGCACAGAACAUUCUUCAAAAGCCGAUAUUCAUCGCGGAGUUUGGGAAGUCAUGGAAAGAUCCCGGUUUCAGCACCUACCAAAGAGACUUGCUCUUCAACACCGUGUACUCCAAGAUAUACUUUUCGGCGAAAAGAGGAGGAGCAGCUGCCGGGGGACUAUUCUGGCAACUUCUCACUGAAGGCAUGGACUCUUUCCGUGAUGGAUACGACAUAGUUCUGAGUCAGAGUCCCUCGACAGCAAAUGUGAUUGCUGAACAGUCUCACAAGCUCAAUCAGAUUCGGAAGAUCUUUUGCGCGGAUAAGAAAUGCUCGGAUGUGGAAGAGGGCAAGGGCCAUUAGAAGGGAUGAAUGGUUGGGUAGAAACUGUUGGUUUUAUUUAUUUAGAUUAUAAAUAAACAUAAUCCACCAAAUAGGAGAUGGAUUAUGAUAACAUCUUUAAUUAUUUGUUAUAAUUAAAAUGCAAGGAACAUGCUUGGUAU